AUGUAUCAGCAUGGCGCUUCCGAAGAGCAUGGGGAUGAGCUAUCAAACCUGGAGUCCGAGAUACGCAUGGAUGUACUCGGCUCUGUGCCUCCGGCCGGAUCGGGGGAUAACCUGACACAGAUCCCUCACGUCAUGUAUGCCUGGUGCAACAACAACGAUGCGCCAUGGAGCUCCGUCACCGCCGCCACUACGUUGUCAGGUCCGCUUUCCAGGGUUCAUAGCGGGACCAACACAGGCCGAAUUCCAGGGAUACCUAGAAAUGCCGCCGACCUGCCGCUGUCCUUCAACGAGUAUCGCUGGAGCCAACCUGCCCUUUCUGAAUGCUCGACGCAACCGCCGAUCGACAGAUUUACGUCCGAUUCGGGCUACGGGACCGUGCAGUCGGCGCCGAGGCUCAGUAAUGCGAACACGUCCGUCUUUGGUGACAAUAACACCGACACGCAAAGCCUUGCUGGCCAUCUCUCCAAUUUUGAAUUGCAGACAAACAGCCUGACGCCCGUUGAGGCAUUCUAUAAGCGCAGCCAUGGUGACCUUGGCCCGGGGGCUACGGCAUACGGUUCGCAGCCAACAAUGCAAGGAGCCAGUCCCCUGAUAUGCCCACAUUGUCCUGAUCCUUUCAAGACCAGGUCGCAGCUGAAGAAGCACAUGCAACGACAUGACAAGAUGCACUUUUGUAAAGAACCCGGAUGCUUGCGUAAAGAAGGGUUCAGCACACAAAAUGAUCUAGACCGACACAAGCGCAGCAAGCAUCCGGCGUCGCACGCGACCGGGCGGCGAUAUAGAUGUCACCUUGGCGCCUGCAAGAACAAACCCAAGAAGUGGCCACGGGCUGAUAACUUCAGACAGCAUCUGAAGAGAAGACACAAGGAUGAGAUCGAAUACGAUGACCUGGAACAAUUUAUAGUAGAGGAGAACGCUCCACCGGCGAACGGGCUGAUCGAUUGCGGAUCGAACAUAGACACAGAGACGGAAUACUUGGGCCCUGGGCCUUUGCAUGUAGAAUUGUCUGACGUUAGGCAAGAUUUGAGGGCAGCUGAGAAUCCCCAGCAGGUGAAAUGGGCUGCAGCUGAAGACAUGCGCCACACAUACGUAGAAGACGAUUUCCAGCACGAUAUGGGAGAGCAACCUCAACUCUCCCUCGAAGUCCCAUUUGACGCCGCCGGAAUGAUGGUGGGCGGCCAAUUCACGGUGUUCUCCCCGACGACACCCGACAGCCAGGACGUCAACCUGCACAUCAUAGAUAACACCUUGACUGAGGACUUCGGCCUUGGAGAACUAUUCGCGCAUCCGGCCGCGUCCCAAAGGUCGCCGUUGGCUGCCGAGAACCAAGGGGCCUCUACUCCAAUAUUUUCUCGGCACCCGGAUGACCUUGAGUUCAGCACCCAUGAUGCCUUUCACAUUCAUGGCGGUUUAUAUCAUGAAUUCUCAGAUCCGCCUCGAAUCACCAUCGAUAUGGUGGGACCUAAUAAUGAUGAUCCGUCAUUAUUGAAUUAUGACGACUCUCGCCGGCGUAGCGUCGACACUCUCACAGAUGUUUACGCACAUGAUGAUGACAACAACAGCAGUGCCGACAACAAUGAAGUCUCUGGCGACGUGGAUGCCCCUGCAGACACUGACACAGCACAAGACACCGGCUUCUCUACGGGUGCCAGCUGCGCACAAGAUUUGGGAAACGAGUUUAGGGGCAGUACAACGGAGGGCUCUGAUGUGGCCUCCGCUGCAGCGACUCCUCUAGCCGAGCAGGUCUCGCAAGAAACAGAGCAGCGGGGAAGAGACGAGGAUGAAGACUGCAGCCAAAAUAGCAAGACGGCAUUUCUCGAGACGCUCAGGGCUGGCGAUCUUGACGAGAUCCUCAAGCAGCAUGGCUACAGAAAACUUUCCCCAUCUCAGGCCGCGCCCAGGGGAUCCUCGAGUCAAACUUCUGGAGGCCCUAGUACUGAGGUUACCGGAAACUUCAAAUGCUCCGAGCCUAGAUGCCCCAAGACAUUCAACCGGGAAUGUGAGCUUAGAAAGCAUAUGAAACGGCAUGAAAAGCCCUACGGAUGUACUUUCCGCUACUGCACCAAGAAGUUUGGCAGCAAGAGCGACUGGAAGCGGCACGAGAACAGCCAACACGAGCACCUGGACGGGUGGCGUUGCGACAUCCUGGUGCCGUUUCCGGCGGGGAUGACGACAGUGGCCGCCAUCGCGACGACGAAACCGUGCGGGAAGCAGUGCCACCGGCGCGAGACCUUCAGGGCGCACCUCCAACGCGACCACGGCUUGCCCGAGGACAAGCUAGGCGAGAAAUUGGAGCAGUGCCACUAUGGAAAAGAUUGCGAGUCACGGUUCUGGUGCGGCUUCUGCGUCGCGGUCGUUGGUGUCGGUGAUGAAGGCGUAAAAGGGAACAGCAGCAAGGGCGGAAGGAAGAAGGCCGUAGAGAGUGGGUGGUCCGGGAGGUACGAUCACAUCGACGACCACCUGUUUGGACGGACGCUGCCAAAGAAGACAAUCGACGAUUGGAGGCACGACGAUAUAGAGAGUACCCCCGGGGCGGCGGUGAGGGCAGAAAUGGAAGGGCCAGAGCAGCGGGAGGAUGAGAUUGACGCGGUCGAGGAUCCUCGGAAAACCGAGCGAGAACGGAGCAGUCGGCGCCAGAGGAGAGCAACGACUAAGGGAGAUGGGUCGACGCCGACUCAUUGGCAAUGUGUGGUUGGGUUUCAGUGUCAGUGCCACAAUCAUAACAUGAUACGGUCGACCACGCGGUGCAUCGGUCACGAGCUUGAGUGCCAGCAUUAUCAGUGUCUAUACUGUGAAAAGUUCAAUGUCAAGGUGGCCAAUUGA